CUGAAUCCACUACGUCAUCCCUUCGCGUCCCGGGGCAAGUAAACAUUUCCGCUGUGUCGCGAUGGACUCAAACAAGGACGAAGCGGAUCGUUGCAUUAAAAUAGCUGUAAACGCUAUCAGUAACAACCAUCUGGACAAAGCCAGGAAGUUUUUGGAGAAGGCUCAGCGUUUAUUUCCGACAGAUAAGGCCAAAAACCUGUUGGAGUCAUUAACGCAGAACGGGAAGCCUCCGGAUGAGAACGGCAGCGCUGGAAACGGAAAUGGAGCCGGGCUGAGACACCGGGGUGAGAGAGACGGAGCCAACGCGUCCCACGGCCCCGCAGACUCGGACAAGUCCUACACGGCAGAGCAGCUGGAGGCGGUCAAAAAGAUUAAGAGCUGUAAAAAUUACUACCAAAUUCUGGGAGUGGAAAAGUCGGCUUCUGAGGAGGAUCUUAAAAAGGCGUACAGAAAGCUGGCGCUGAAAUUUCACCCGGACAAAAAUCACGCGCCCGGAGCCACCGAGGCGUUUAAAGCCAUCGGCAACGCCUACGCUGUCCUAAGCAACGCUGAAAAGCGGAGACAGUACGACCAGUAUGGAGAGGAGCGCACGCAGCCGAGCAGACACAGACACCAUCACGACUUUGAAGCAGACAUCUCACCCGAGGACCUUUUUAACAUGUUCUUUGGUGGAGGCUUCCCGUCAAGUAACGUCCAUGUUUACAGGAAUGGAAGAAUGCAUUUUGCACACCAGAAUAGACAAGAAAGACGAGAGCAGCAGAGAGAUGGAGGCUUUGCUCUGCUCGUCCAGCUGAUGCCCAUCUUAAUCCUCAUCAUCGUUUCUGCGCUCAGCCAGUUGAUGGUCACGCAUCCUCCUUACAGCCUUAGCUAUCGUCCAUCAGCCGGACAUAUUCACAAAAGGCAUACGUCACACCUAAAGGUGCCUUUCUAUGUGGGGGACCGUUUCAAUCAAGAAGUUACGGGCAAUAACCUGAAAACUGUUGAAAGAAGUGUAGAGGAAGACUAUAUCUCUAACCUAAGAAACAAUUGCUGGAAGGAGAAGCAGCAGAAGGAAGGCUUGCUGUAUCGUGCUCGUUACUUUGGGGACUCUGAGUUGUACCAAAGGGCCCAGAGGAUGGGGACGCCUAGCUGUUCCAGACUAUCUGAGAUUCAGGUCAUACUGGAUGGCUAGGAAACACUUCCACACACAUGGUUCGUCGGUACUUGAAUCCAAUGGGAAGAAAUCAGCCGGAGCCCACUCUAAUUGGAGCGUAUUUCUGCAGCAGUCCAGGAGAAUCCAAACAAGCCUUACACUCAGCGUGCAGAGGGGCCUCGUCGGGGGGGACCUCUCCGCAGCUCGAUCCACUUCCUGUAGAGCUGCAAGAAGCUCCGAGCCGCCUGCUGACAUUUUUCUUCCCCUUCCGUCUCAACCAGCGGUGAGAGUCCGAUGGGCGUCAUGGUGUGAAGUGAGCGCGCUGAAGUCUGUUCGAAUGAUAAAGAAGGCUGCUGAGAUUAGCUUCCUCUGUCCUGAUCUUUUUAUUUUUGUUUGUUUUUUGUUUUUUUUUCCUGGAGAAACCUGAAGGCCUUUCUCAUAGACAAGACAGUCUGAGCCACUUGUGAGGGGAAAAGGAAAAAAAAAGUGUGUAAUUUUUAUAGUUCUUACCAAUGUAAAUACUCAUUUUACUUAGCAGUGCAGGGGAUGGUAGUCACUUACAAAAAACGUUUUGUGAAUUUGCUUGUAGCCUGUUGGAUAAUAACUAGUAAAAAUUGUUGCACAGACAAAAGUAAAGCAUAUUUAUUAAAUUAACAACCUAAAAUUCUAUACAUUUUAUUUGAAUAAAAGUUGUCCAAUGAUUGA